AUGGCUACCGUCGCUUCCGAGUGCGCAGUCCACGCAGGCAGCUCAACCAGUUCCGGAUAUUCGAAAACUUCACGCCGACAGUACCAAGCCUGCGACCAGUGCCGCAAGGCCAGAAGGGCAUGCGACGCAGGCGCCUUGAGGGUUGUCAACUUCCCAUUUCGUGAGAACGAUCAGCCUGACUGGUCUGCCUCGACAUGUGAAGCCUGCUCAAAUUGUGCAAGGACUAGCAAGACCUGUACAUUCGACUGGCUUCGCACGCUUCCUCUCCAAGGCCUACCGAAAGGCGUGAAGAGGAAGUUGGAAUCGACCGGUUUACCUGAAUAUGUCACUAACUCAGCAGCCGCACCAGACACAAAACCUCAGACUCCAUAUUCCCAUGGCUAUUCAUCAUUUGCAAAUCGGAUUAGUUAUCCACAACUCGCACCUACCACCCAGGCCUUCCAGAACACGGGACGGCAUGGAAUCACUGAGUCCUACGAGUCAACCUAUCUCAGGAGCGGCGCCUUCGCGGAGGGCUCCUCGGAGUCUGAGACGCUUUAUUGUGGAGACGGGAACGGCAGCCAGACCACACCUUCGACCGCCUCAAUGCCAAAUGGCGCAUCAGCGUCUGUCCGGACUGUCGGCGGCAACGUCACUCUCCCGAAUCAUUUGCCCUCUGGAGAAUGCGCGGGCCACAAUCGAUGGAAUGGCAUUGGGCUUGUCAACCGGGACUCGUCUUCUACGUCACCCGACUCCAAUUCCAAUGAUUCCAGCAAUGCAACCUCCAAGAACGAGUCAUCUCCAAGUCUGACUUCAAUGAGUUCCGAAACGAGUUGCGAGGAUGAAACCCCCCCGACUGAUUCCACACCAUCACGCAUUAAACGUGCGAAAAACCCACACCAUUAUCACUACUCAGCCUCGACCGAUCGAGAUUCGCCGGAAAGCACGCGGUCAAAGGCGCCAUCACACGGUUCAGCCCUUUCAACAAAUGGCAGAGGGCAAAGCACGGCUCCGCUGUCAACUCGCCAGCUCCAUUUCGCCGACGCGGCAAUGAAAGCGAUGAUUGCCAGUGGCCUGUUACGCAUCUACCACGAUAGCUUUGAGAACUCCUUGUCGUGUUGGGUAACGGAGAAGAAUUGUCCGUACGAAACCGAGCUUCGGAACCUCAUUCCGCAUGCAAACCCUGCUUCGACAGCAGAAGAAGCUGCGCUCCGUCUGGGCGACAAUCGAAUCUUCUCGCGCGUCUCCCGCUUGGAUUCGGCGUUUUCCCUAUUGAGGGGCCGCGAAUUGUCCGCCAUGGAAAACCGUACGGCGACUAAAGCACUUAACGCCGCGAUCAUGGCAUUUGCCAGCCAAUGGUCCCAUGGCUCCCACAACUCCUUCUGGAAAAGCAAGGAAGGCAUGUCGCAAAUGAAGGCAUGUCAAACACACAUGUCGGGCUUGUUUUCACGAUCCGGGCGACCCAACGAGCCGAUGCUGUCUAGUGAAUGUGAACGGAUAAUCCAAAAGACGCUCUGGCAUGAGGCGAAGACCGCCAUUCAGUCGAGCUCUGAGAUCGACUCUUUCAAGGUGAUCCUUGCGUACAUGAUCUUCGCCCUAACGCAGAGACCGAUCGAUGCGAAAACCAAAUCGACCCCAGAGGCGCAGACAUCGCCGAUAGACUCUUCGACGAGCAGCCGUCGAGGUUCUGACAACUCCUACGUUUGCGAACCUCCUUCGCAAUGUGCAGACCCCGCCAUGAACACCAUAGUCAACGAAGAGUGGAAUCCGUUUUACGCCAGCGAUCUCGAGGCAUUGGCGUCCCCGCCCAUCUACCUUGAGACAGCAGUUCGAAACUUGUUCUCGUGGAGGCGCAAGAUCGAACGUUACCGCCGGUUGCGAUCGAAAGGAAAGGGCGACUACGGACAUGGCUCUAUGGGCGCGCUUGCUCUCAAGGACCAUCAGACGUUCAACCUCCUGUUCUGGCUGGGCGUCAUGUGCGAUACAACUUCGUCAGCUAUCAGUAAGCGUCCGCUAGUCAUUCCAGAUGAAGAUUGUGCCAUGAUUCGAGAAGAGAUGGACGAUUUCGACGCCGUCUGUUCCAGCGAUCACGAGCAGUAUUUAUCCUUCCAGGAAACACAUGACCGCGACAAGCGCUCUCUGUGGGGAGACUAUCUAUUGAGCUUCAAGUGGGCAGGGCCCCGGAAAACACAGCCCCGGUGGCCCUGCAAAUUCGACGAGGCGGCGUUGGUGCUUCAAGAAGCAAUCCCGGUUAAAGUUCUCAUGUUCCGCAAAGUGGCACAGCUGCAGACCCUCGCCUUCCGCAGGACGCCACCACAGGAGCUUGAGAGGUGUAUUCACGAGGCACUCAAGGUCUACGAACAGUGGAAUACAACGUACGGGCCGUUUAUGAACGACUGCGUCAGUCAGCACAACUUCCUCGAGCCGCACGUGCAGUCAUGGUAUGUCAUUCUGGAUGGUCACUGGCACUACGGUUGCUUGUUGCUGGCAGAUACAAUAUCUCAGAUUGACCGGGAAGAGAAGACGAUGCAGCCUCAACGGACGCUGCGAACAACCUGCCACUUGAUAAAAGAGCUACGACACGACAACGCUUGCGCCAUCGCUAAGAUUGCGCAGGCGUCCCUAUCGGAGCACAAACCGUCUGUGCCUGAUAACUCGGAGUUCCAUUUCGUCUGCAACGGCAGCGCCAUCCUCACCGAACCUUGGACAGAUAUUCUUGUCCGGGCUAUGGGGAGUGCAUGCAAGGUCUUUAUCACCUGGUUAUCGAGCUGGGACAAUCCUGACGAUCCGAAUCACGCAUGGGUCCACACGCACACGAAGUACCAGGAUCUGUAUAACCAAGCAGAGGCUUGUGUCCAAGGAAUGACGCUGCUAGGUCGGAAAUCUGACGCGGCAAAUUAUACAGCGCAAAUGUUCUGGACGAGAUUAAGCCAGGUGUGCUCGAGCCGGCGCCCUUCAGCAGAGCUGUUUCAAGACUAA